UUUGGGACUUAUUUAAUAUUUAAGAAAUAUUCUUUAAUUUCUAAUAUCUUUGUCCAAAUAUGGCAAAUAAGACCGAUCCACAAUCUAAUUUUUUUAUUGACUUCAUGAUGGGAGGUGUUUCUGCAGCUGUUGCAAAAACUUCUGCGGCUCCUAUUGAACGAGUGAAACUUUUAAUUCAAAACCAAGAUGAAAUGAUUAAAUCUGGGCGUCUUAGCCAAAGAUAUACAGGCAUUAUCAAUUGUUUCUCAAGGACUGUUAAGGAUGAAGGAAUUAUUUCUCUUUGGAGGGGUAAUACUGCAAAUGUGUUACGUUAUUUCCCAACACAAGCUCUUAAUUUUGCUUUUAAAGAUAAAUUUAAAAAAAUGUUUGGAUUUAAAAAAGACAGGGAUGGAUAUUGGCCUUGGUUCUUUGGUAAUCUUGCUUCUGGAGGUUGUGCUGGUGCUGCCUCUCUUCUUUUUGUUUAUUCUCUCGAUUAUGCUCGUACUCGUUUAGCUAAUGAUGCUAAAUCUGCUAAAAAAGGUGGUGAGCGUCAAUUCAACGGCCUAAUCGAUGUAUAUAAGAAAACGCUUGCUUCUGAUGGUAUUCGCGGUCUUUAUCGUGGUUUCGGCCCCUCUGUUGCUGGCAUCAUUGUUUAUCGUGGUCUUUAUUUCGGACUUUACGAUUCUGUUAAACCUGUGGUCUUAACCGGGCCUCUUGAAGGUAGUUUUAUUGCUUCUUUCGUUCUUGGCUGGAUCGUUACCACCACUUCUGGUCUUGCUUCUUAUCCUAUUGAUACUGUUCGUCGUCGAAUGAUGAUGACUUCUGGUGAAGCUGUUAAAUAUUCUUCCUCUUUUCAGGCUUUUUCUCAAAUAAUUGCAAAGGAAGGUUCCCGUAGCCUUUUUAAGGGUGCUGGUGCCAAUAUUUUAAGAGGUGUAGCUGCCGCUGGUGUUAUUUCAAUGUAUGAUCAACUUCAAAUGAUUGUUUUUGGUAAAAAGUAUUCCGGUGGUUCUGGUUAA